AUGUAUGCGGUGUCCGAAUACUAUGGUAUUUCAUCGCCAUUUUUGGAGAAUGUGUUCAGCAUGAACUAUGCACUAUCAACAAGUCAGAUUCCACAACAUCAAAUGAGCGAGUACACAAAGAAACUUAAUAAUGAACGGGAGUUAUUCUGGCCAGCUGGCGCUUUCGCCUGUCCGGAAGGAUCCAAUUAUGGUGUUUGCUACACUGUCGGUACCACAGGUGAUUUGCUAAGCUUCCACGUGAAAUCUUGA